GGUAACUAAGUAACUAAAAAAAAAAACAAAAAAAAUAUAUUUAAUGAUGAUACAAAUAACUGCAGCUAAGAAUUAAAAUUGAAAGAUGUCAAAAAUAGGGAAAAUCUCCCCCAAAUAAAAUGUCAUUAUCUGAAAUCGUGAAAAAAAUUAAAAGUUUAAAUGUAAAAACACAAACAAUUUAUACAGUAUACGAAAAAAAAUACCAAGAAAAUGCUGAAUUGAAAAUUAAUAUUAAUAAACUUUAUACUCAAAUACAAAAACAAACUUUGCUUAAAAAUAAGUUAAUGGAAGAAAUCAUGAAUUUUGAUAAAACCAAAAAAGAUCUCGAAGAUGAACUAAAUAUUAGGAUUAGUAAUAACAGAAUAAUGGAAUCAAAGAUCAAUGUUCAAUUUGAAGAAAUACAAAAAUUAAUGGGUGAAAAAGAUAAAAAAACUGAGAACAUUGAUCAGCAAAUGAAAAUCAUUAAUGAAAAUUGUAUCUACAAAAAAAAAAUAUUAUUGUCAAAGAGAUUAGAAAGAGAAAAAGAAAACAAACAUUAUAAAUCAUUGUGCAAAAACUUGAUGACAGAGGAUAUUUUAUCUAAUAAAAUCGCUAUUAAAAAUGCCAAAAAGUUUACUGAUGAACACAUAAUAUUAAACAAAAAAUACCAAAGAUCUAAAAAAGAUAUGAAAACAGUAUUGGGCAAAAUUGAAUUAAAUAAAUACAACUAUUUAUCAUAUUUUGACGAAAACUACGAUAAUGUGGAUAAAACCAAUAUAAUAAAGUUAAUAGCAUCAACGUUUAAUCAAUUAAUCAAUAUUGGAUAUAUAUGCUAUUGGGAAUCAAAAGCCAAAAUGUUCAUUAAACAUGCAAAGGUAUGGACGGUAGACAACCCAUCCGGAAUGCCUAUACAAUUCAUUACACCGUUCAAUCAGACUAUUAUAUCGUUUCCAACUACAGAUGCUGUGCCAUCAUUUGAACCUUGUUACAGGUUAAAAACUGCUAAGCGAAUAAACGAAAAUAAAAUUGAAAAUAAUAACCAGAAUACUAGACAGAUGAGUACUUCGAGUCCCUAAAUGAACAAUUCAGUGUUAACAUCGAACACGUAAAAUAAAAAUAAAAAUUUCAGCACAAAAAUAGAGUGUUAUACGAUUGCGAAUGAAACGAUUGUGGAUCGACCUUUUCCCGAAACACGAUUGCGAAUGUUUUUACCUGCCUAUUUUCGUGCAGCG